UGGGGUGGGAUCUUGCGUCUCCGGCUUCUUCAGCAGUGCAGCGCUCAUUGCUCCGUAUAUCAAGACUCUUCCGUCUUUUCUCAUUUUUUGGACCAGAGGAGCAGCUGCCGUUUGGGGGUGGUGAUCAGCGCGACAGCUGGAGGAGGUCCCGACCAGAAGCUGAAGAUCUCAGGAGGGGGCCGGGCCGGGGGCGGAGCACCAUGAGUGAGAGGUUCGACUGCGGCAACUGUAAGGAGUCCCUCUACGGGCGCAAGUACAUCCAGGCGGAGGAGCAGCCGUACUGCAUUCCCUGCUACGACAGCCUGUUCGGCAACACCUGCGACGAGUGCAAGGAGCUGAUUGGACAUGACUCCAGGGAGCUGUUCUACGAGGACCGGCACUACCACGAGCACUGCUUCCGCUGCUUCCGCUGCGACCGCUCGCUGGCGGACGAGCCCUUCACCAGCCAGGAUGACUCCCUGCUGUGUAACGACUGCUACUGUAACGAGUUCUCCUCCAAGUGCGUCGCCUGCGACAAGACCGUCAUGCCAGGGACGCGGAAGCUGGAGUACGCGGGCAGCACAUGGCAUGAGGACUGCUUCGUGUGCCACAGCUGUGGGCAGCCCAUUGGUUCCAAGUCCUUCAUCCCUGACAAGGAUGAGCACUACUGUGUGCCCUGCUACGAGAACAAGUUCGCCCCCCGCUGUACACGCUGCAAGCAGGUGUUGGCGAAAGGGGGCGUGACUUACAGGGACGAGCCGUGGCACAAGGAGUGUUUCGUGUGCACGGGUUGCAAGAUGCAGCUGGCCGGCCAGCAGUUCACCUCCCGCGAGGACAGCCCCUACUGCCUCAAGUGCUUCGGGAACCUCUACGCCAAGAAGUGCGAGUCAUGCAGCAAACCCAUCACAGGUUUCGGAGGGGGGAAGUACAUCUCGUUUGAGGAGCGGCAGUGGCACCAGGCCUGCUUCACCUGCUCACGCUGCUCUGUGUCGCUAGUGGGCGCUGGCUUCUUCCCCGACAGGGACCAGAUCCUCUGCCGUGACUGCAACAGUAAUCUAUAAGCCCCGCCCCCAAGCACACAUGACCACCCACCUCCCAGCAGGCCACGCCCACAGCCACAUCCCAAGUCUACUCCACUCUGCCCACCCAUCAGAUGCCUCCUAGUCGCUGUGUCUUAAAAAAACACUUACAAAAGAGAUCCGUUAUUAUCAUUAUAAUAAUUGUUAUUAUUGUUCUUGUCUUCUGGACUUUGGGUAGAACUUUAAAACAGAAAUAUUGUUUACCUUCAAAGCAGGAUCCUGUAAAUUACUCUGAUUGCCAUUUAAGUAGAAAACACAUGACAGAGCCCAGUUUGAGCCAGCUUUUUUGUUACACCCAGCAGAUAUAUAUAUUGGAUAAUGCCACAGUGCCUUCAGUUUUAAUUCUAGCCAUAUCGUCUUGUCAGAGUUGAAACUUUAUUGGAAUAGAGCACCGAUGUCGCACCUUGCUGAAAGUCUAUUUGGGGUGCAAUGGCCAUCGUAUCCAGACCACUGGUGCUGUUAGCCCAGUAGCAUCUCUGUGUAUCUUUAAUUAAGUCCACUUUCCCUAUGCUCAGCUGGGGAACUGGACUUUAGUAAGUAGUCUGGGGUCUCUGAGGAAGGUCCAGAUGGACAGGAAGCUGCGAAAAGGGCCGGACACAUCGGGCAUCUCUGAUCUGGCUGCCCUUAGACUCCAACCCACCAGCCGACACCAAACCUACGGCAGAGCAAGCCUUCACUGUCGUGCGCGGUCGUCGUGCGCAGUCGUUGUGCGCGGUCGUCGUGCGCACUGCGCUUUGCCAGUGAUUCCUUGGUUGUGUUUUGGUUCCACGGUGCGCUUCCGAACUCAGAUGUCAGAGAUGCUCAGUAUGUUUGGUCGGUUUGACUAUAAAGCUUAAUUACAUGUUGCAGUCAAUGAAAAACGAGAUUAAGUAACUCACACUUCUUUCUGCUGCCAGAUACUAGGUUACUCUCUUGUUUGCGUGAAUAUGUACUAAGCACGUGAUACUAAUGCAGCUCACUUUUUCCACGAGAGCUCCAGCGUGUGUUCGAGGUGACUGGCUGCGUCAGUGUUACGAUUUCACGCUUUUCUCAUAUGCUCUGGGGGCCUUCGGCGCUCAUUCACAGGAGACCGGGUAUGCACUGCAUCCAUGGUAGCGACACGGGCAUAGAAGAUCGAAGGCCAUCGCGUGGAAACACUGUAUGCUCUUCCACUGCGUCAUACUUAAAAAGAGAGAAGGGAGAAUGAAAAUGAUAUCGACAAUAUCAAAACAAAGACCCAAGUGAAGCAUACCCAUGUGAGGGUUUAUGUGUCACACACACACACACACACACACACACCAACAGCAAGGCGCUGAGUCAUGAGGUCCAUCACUCCAUUUUCCGGCAUUAAGUUAAUGAGCUCGACAUAAGACCUUUCCUUUUAAACCUUUCUGUUGCUUUUAUUACUAUUACCAAUACUGCCAUUGCCGUUAUUAUUAUAUGUUAAAAGUGUUUGGGCUAGCCCCAGUAAAUUCUGCAGCAAUGUGUCUAUGAGAUGACUAAUUUUAUGCAUGUUGUUUUAAUAAGAGAAAUUGUUGUUACUGUUAUUUUUAAUGAUAAUUUUUACAUGGUCACCUAAGGAGAAUUGCAUAGAAAUGCAUAGAAAUUAUAUUCAUAUAUAUAUUCCACUGUUUUGAGCUUUGAUGCUGGUAAUUCAGAGUUUACCGAUGUGAUUUUUACUUAUUGAAUUUGGGGGAAAAUAUUCCUUCGAUUUUAGAGCACAAACUCAACAUUUUCAACUUUGAACCAAAAAGAAAACUAUUGUGCCAUAAAUGUUGCUCUACACUAUAUGUAUGAAAUUGUAUAUGAAUAAAUUUAAAUAAAAAAAACACAUCCUUUCAAAUA